UUAACGACAAAGCGACAAAAUGAAGUUUACAAAGGAAACGUUGUCGGUCCUCUGCCACCAAACAAAGCUUCAACCUUUCUCGAACGCUCUGAAUUUGCGACGCUAAUUCCGCGUUUGUCCUUUCCUCGUUUUAUUUUCGCGUCAAGCGUCUUCCUAUGGAAAUAGUCCCCCCAAAAAAUGUACUUUGGCACGGGCUUCAUGCGAGCGGGCUGGCUCGAUGCGCGCGCCAGUGGAAGCGCGUGUUUCUAGGUGCCUGGCAGGCCACGCCUCUUUAUGCUAAUCGAAGGCUCCCAUUGGUGCGUCGCAGCGGCAAGUCGGCCGCCAUUGGUCAGGUCCAGGCCAUUUAUUUGCUGACAGCCGCGUCACUUGAAUGGUUGUCUAUUAACUUGUUCCCAAACUAUCUGGACUUGUCAAGGCUCGCGCGGACAGGGGAGAAAAAGUACCGUUUGUUUAUGCCUUGUUGGAGAAGCGACGGCCGGAGAAGUUUUGUGGACACAACAUCAUCAUCGCGGGGACUUUUCGGGAGAGAGAGAAAAGGAUCUCCGUGGGUGCCAGUACGCGCGCGCGCACGCACGCACCACCCACACACACACACACACGCGCGCGCUCUCGGGGGGGAGAGAGAGGCUGUGGAAGCUUGUUUUUGUCCGGCGGAAAAAGUUGCGGAGGGAAUCGACAGGUAACUUUUUUUGCCUUUUUUUUUUUUUUUUUUAAAUCGGAGGGGUGGGCGGGUGGGAAUCGGCAUCGGCAUCGGCAGCGGGUACCACCACCUCUCCUCGUCCCCCGCGCGCGCGCGUCUCUCUCUCAUUUCACCUGCUCGGGAGCGCCGCCCGACCAUCCGUUCCCCCCCGAUGUAUAACAUGAUGGAGACAGAACUGAAGCCCCCGGCUCCCCAGAGCAACACGGGGGGCACGGGCAACGGCAACGCGCCCGGCGGCAACAACCAGAAAAACAGCCCCGAGCGGGUCAAGAGACCCAUGAACGCCUUCAUGGUGUGGUCGCGGGGCCAGAGGAGGAAGAUGGCGCAGGAGAACCCCAAAAUGCACAACUCGGAGAUCAGCAAGCGACUGGGCGCCGAGUGGAAACUGCUGUCGGAGAGCGAGAAGCGACCUUUCAUCGACGAAGCUAAGCGCCUGCGGGCCCUGCACAUGAAGGAGCACCCCGACUACAAGUACCGGCCCCGGAGGAAGACCAAGACCCUGAUGAAGAAGGACAAGUACACUUUACCCGGCGGGCUGCUGGCCCCGGGCGGCAACGGCAUGGGCGCGGGGGUCGGGCUGGGCGGCGGCUUGGGUGUCGGCGGCGGCGGCGGCGGCGCGGGCGGCGGCGUGGUCAACCAGCGCAUGGACUCGUACGCCGCGCACAUGAACGGCUGGACCAACGGCGGCUACGGCAUGAUGCAGGAGCAGCUGGGCUACCAGCACCCGGGCCUGAACGCGCACAACGCGGCCCAGAUGCAGCCCAUGCACCGCUACGACAUGAGCGCGCUGCAGUACAACGGCAUGAGCGGCUCGCAGGGCUACAUGAACGGCUCGCCCACCUACUCCAUGUCCUACUCGCAGCAGAGCACCCCGGCCAUGACGGCCCUGGGCUCCAUGGGGCCCUCGUCGGUGGUCAAGUCCGAAUCGAGCAGCUCCAGCCCGCCCAUCGUCACCUCGUCCUCCCACCGCGCCGCCCCGGGCUGCCAAAGCGGCGACCUGAGGGACAUGAUCAGCAUGUACCUGCCCGGGGCGGAGGUCGGCGAGCAGACUGCCCAGACCAGACUACACAUGUCCGCCCACUACCAGAGCGCCGUGCCCGGGACGACGAUCAACGGCACGCUGCCCCUAACGCACAUGAAGCUCUAGAGGGAAGGAUGGAAGGAUGCAGGAGCGAGAUGCCCUCUUCACGCCCUGCUGCUGGAUCAAGUUUGCAAGACGACAAAGUGGGAGUCGCAAUCAAAUGUUUUAUUAUUGCAAUCAUCUUUUUGUACAGUAUUUAUCAAAGAAAGCUUACAAUCACAAGAAAUUGUUAAACCGCAAGAGGUUGCAUCGUCCCCCCCCCUUUAUAUACAGCAUACAUAUAAAUAUAUAUAUCUAUAUAGUUCUAAAAAAAAAAAGAAUUGAGGAAAAAAAAAUUCCAAGCCAGUUCCGUAGAAAAAAAUAUUCGAAUAACGGCAGAAGAAUCGGAGCCAUCGGCUCUGCUCCAAACAAACUUUUGGAAAGAAAAGGGACAGAAUGAGCAAAAAAACAGGUAACGCUGUUUUAAUUCCUACGGCUCAAAAUUGACUAAUUCGUUUUUGAUUUCGUUCAGAAAUAAAUGAGGGGGACCCCCCCCCCCCAUCCCGCCCCAACCCCCUCCGGCUCAUUCAGCUCUCUCCGAGUUAAUUUAUAUUCCCCCCGUCUCCCACUUUUCAUCCGUUUGAGCUCUGAUGCUUGUGCUCUUUUAUUUCCCCGAAUUGAUUUGUACAAUUCAUGUAUAUUGACUGUGAUAUUUUAUGUUUCUAUCUCCAAAUUCAUUCCUGUAGUUGAAUUUGGAAAAAAAAGAAAAAAGAAAAAAAAAAGAAUUGCGUUCCUGUGUAACGCAGAAGCCCAACCACUCCAUGUAUAUACUGAAACUAAUACCAUCCUUAUAACAGCUACGAUUUCAACUGAGUAUAUUUUUUUUUCCAUAUGCAGUUUGAAAAGAAUAAAUUUUUGGAAAUUUG